UGCCCGCUCGCCGCCGGGCUCCGCGCUCCUGCCCGCUCGCCGCCGCCACCACCUCCCCUGGUCCGCGCUCAGCCCGCAGCUGCUUCCUUCUGCCGGGCUCCCAACUCUCCGGAUCUUUGCCUCGGCUCGCCUGGCUCGUAUUUUCUCAACUCCUUUCCUUUAUCCGUAGCCACCCUGCCUUUUCCUCCUCUUUUUUAGUGAGGCUCUUUCUUGACUUAAGAUGACUUGUCUCCCUUCCCUUCAUCAUUUAUUUCAUCCCUGAAGCCUGAAAAGGAAUCUUUAUCUUCCCCUCAGGGGCAUUUUAAAGACCCCAACCCUGAAAAGUCUUAAGAGGCAGAGCAGCAGGACGCGGGACCCUCUCGACACCCCGGUGUCCGGGACAGAACCGCGCUACCAGCCAUAGCCGGUGUUUAAUGUGAGCCCCGCCGAGGAGGAGGGAGGCAGGGGCCGGGAGCAAACUUCGGACGUCUCCGCGGACCCGCGGUCCCCGCAUUUGGAAGAGCCGCGCGCCAGAAGGCAAGGGACCCCACGGGGAACGCGAAGGCGCCGCGAGCCUCCCUCGGCCCCUCCGCGAAGCCGGGGCCGUGGACUGAGACGCGCGGGACAGCGGCGGCGGAGGCGGCCAGGAGAAGAUGCGGGGCUCGGGGCCCCCGGGUGCGGGACGCCGGAGGCCCCCGGGCGACGGCGACACCCCCAGCACCCCCGCGUCUCUGGCCGGCUGCUACUCCGCACCGCGCAGGGCCCCCCUCUGGACUUGCCUCCUCCUGUGCGCCGCGCUCCGGACCCUCCUGGCCAGCCCCAGCAACGAAGUGAAUUUAUUGGAUUCACGUACUGUCAUGGGGGACUUGGGAUGGAUUGCUUUUCCGAAAAAUGGGUGGGAAGAGAUUGGUGAAGUUGAUGAAAAUUAUGCCCCUAUCCACACAUACCAAGUAUGCAAAGUUAUGGAACAGAAUCAGAAUAACUGGCUUUUGACCAGUUGGAUUUCCAACGAAGGUGCUUCCAGAAUCUUUAUAGAACUCAAGUUUACACUGCGGGACUGCAACAGUCUUCCUGGAGGACUGGGAACCUGUAAGGAAACGUUUAACAUGUAUUACUUCGAAUCGGAUGAUGAGAACGGGAGAAACUUCAAGGAAAACCAGUACAUCAAAAUCGAUACUAUUGCGGCCGAUGAAAGCUUUACAGAGCUUGAUCUUGGUGACCGGGUUAUGAAACUGAAUACAGAGGUCAGAGAUGUAGGACCUCUAACCAAAAAGGGAUUUUAUCUUGCGUUUCAAGAUGUGGGUGCUUGCAUUGCUCUGGUGUCUGUGCGUGUGUACUAUAAAAAAUGCCCUUCGGUGGUAAGACACUUGGCUGUGUUCCCCGACACAAUCACUGGAGCUGAUUCUUCGCAAUUGCUUGAAGUGUCGGGCUCCUGUGUCAACCACUCUGUGACAGACGAACCACCCAAAAUGCACUGCAGUGCUGAAGGGGAGUGGCUGGUGCCCAUCGGGAAAUGCAUGUGCAAGGCAGGAUAUGAAGAGAAAAAUGGCACCUGUCAAGUGUGCAGACCGGGGUUCUUCAAAGCCUCACCUCACAGCCAGAGCUGCAGCAAAUGUCCACCUCACAGUUAUACCCAUGAGGAAGCUUCAACCUCUUGUGUCUGUGAAAAGGAUUAUUUCAGGAGGGAGUCUGAUCCACCCACAAUGGCAUGCACAAGACCCCCCUCAGCUCCUCGGAAUGCCAUCUCAAAUGUUAAUGAAACUAGUGUCUUUCUGGAAUGGAUUCCUCCUGCUGACACUGGUGGAAGGAAAGAUGUAUCAUAUUAUAUUGCAUGCAAGAAGUGCAACUCCCAUGCAGGUGUGUGUGACGAGUGUGGCGGUCAUGUCCGGUACCUCCCCCGGCAAAUCGGCCUGAAAAACACCUCUGUCAUGAUGGUGGAUCUGCUCGCUCACACAAACUAUACCUUUGAGAUUGAGGCAGUGAACGGAGUGUCCGACUUGAGCCCAGGAGCCCGGCAGUAUGUGUCUGUAAAUGUAACCACAAAUCAAGCAGCUCCCUCUCCAGUCACCAAUGUGAAAAAGGGGAAGAUUGCGAAAAACAGCAUCUCUUUGUCUUGGCAAGAGCCAGAUCGUCCAAAUGGAAUCAUCCUAGAGUAUGAAAUCAAAUAUUUUGAAAAGGACCAAGAAACCAGCUAUACAAUUAUCAAAUCUAAAGAGACAACUGUGACUGCAGAGGGCUUGAAACCAGCUUCAGUAUAUGUCUUUCAAAUUCGAGCACGCACAGCAGCAGGCUACGGUGUCUUCAGUCGAAGAUUUGAGUUUGAAACCAUCCCAGUGUUUGCAGCAUCCAGCGAUCAAAGCCAGAUUCCUAUAAUUGCUGUGUCCGUGACAGUGGGAGUCAUUUUGUUGGCAGUGGUUAUCGGCUUCCUCCUCAGUGGAAGUUGCUGCGAGUGUGGCUGUGGAAGGGCUUCUUCCCUGUGCGCUGUUGCCCAUCCAAGCCUAAUAUGGCGGUGUGGUUACAGCAAAGCAAAACAAGAUCCGGAAGAGGAAAAGAUGCAUUUUCAUAAUGGGCACAUUAAGCUGCCAGGAGUAAGAACUUAUAUUGAUCCACACACCUAUGAGGAUCCCAAUCAAGCGGUCCAUGAAUUUGCCAAGGAGAUAGAAGCUUCAUGCAUCACCAUUCAAAGAGUUAUUGGAGCAGGUGAAUUUGGUGAAGUUUGUAGUGGACGUUUGAAACUUCCAGGAAAAAGAGAAUUACCCGUGGCAAUCAAAACCCUGAAAGUAGGCUACACAGAAAAGCAACGCCGAGAUUUCCUGGGUGAAGCAAGUAUCAUGGGGCAGUUCGAUCAUCCUAAUAUCAUUCACUUAGAAGGUGUUGUGACCAAAAGCAAACCAGUGAUGAUAGUGACAGAGUACAUGGAAAACGGAUCCUUAGAUACAUUUUUAAAGAAAAACGACGGGCAGUUCACUGUGAUUCAGCUUGUUGGCAUGCUGAGAGGCAUCGCGGCAGGAAUGAAGUACCUCUCUGACAUGGGCUACGUGCAUAGAGACCUUGCUGCCAGAAACAUCUUAAUCAACAGUAACCUUGUGUGCAAAGUGUCUGACUUUGGACUUUCCAGGGUGUUAGAAGAUGAUCCCGAGGCAGCCUACACCACGAGGGGAGGCAAAAUUCCCAUCAGAUGGACUGCCCCAGAAGCUAUAGCUUUCCGGAAGUUUACCUCUGCCAGUGAUGUCUGGGGCUAUGGCAUCGUGUUGUGGGAGGUGGUGUCUUACGGGGAAAGACCCUACUGGGAGAUGACCAAUCAAGAUGUGAUUAAAGCAGUGGAGGAAGGCUACCGUCUGCCAAGCCCCAUGGACUGCCCUGCUGCGCUCUAUCAGUUAAUGCUGGAUUGCUGGCAGAAGGACCGAAAUAGCAGGCCCAAGUUUGAUGAGAUCGUCAACAUCUUAGAUAAGCUGAUACGUAACCCGAGUAGCUUGAAGACGCUGGUUAACGCAUCAAGCAGGGUAUCUAAUUUAUUGGCAGAACAUAGCCCACUGGGAUCUGGGGCCUACAGAUCAGUAGGUGAAUGGCUAGAAGCAAUCAAAAUGGGCCGGUAUACAGAGAUUUUCAUGGAAAAUGGAUACAGUUCAAUGGACGCUGUGGCUCAGGUGACCUUGGAGGAUUUGAGACGGCUUGGAGUGACUCUUGUUGGUCACCAGAAGAAGAUCAUGAACAGCCUUCAAGAAAUGAAGGUGCAGCUGGUGAAUGGGAUGGUGCCCUUGUAACUUCAUUUUAAUGUCACUUCAUCAAGUGAAUGAUUCUGCACUUUGUAAACAAGCCCUGAGAUUUAUUUUAACAAAAAAAAAAAAAAAAAGGGAAAAAGGGAAAACUCAGUGAUUUCUAAACCUUAGGAGAGCAUUUGUUUCAGCCACAGAAUUUGUAAUCAGUGUUUUGCUAAAAUCUCCUUAUCUUCCUCAGUGUCUUCAUUUUUCACGAAGCAAAUAUAACCUGCAUGGAAUAAAAACAUGAAUUUAAACAUUAUCUUAUGUUGCAACAAGAAAAUCCUUUCUGCUACUUCUACAAAAUUUUAUAAACGAAAAAUAUAACUAUAUAGAGCACCUUGACAGACUGAAUUAAGGCAGCCCCUUUCAAAACUUCCAAGAAUCUACUUGAAAGGAAAAGUUUAUAGCCAUUCGUGGGCUAACAAAAGCUGCAAUUUACUGAAGUUUACUUCAAGUCUUAAUCGUCUACAUAAGUGUAUUGAAGAGCAAUAUGAUUAGGUAAUUUCUUAAUAGAUACCUUCUUUUGUAAUUUUAAAAUGCUGUUACACAGCGUUAAGUUAUAGACUCUAGUGUAUAAAUAUGUUGCUUGGUUAAGGACAAGUACAAUACAGGGUGUAUAUUUAUUUUUCUGUGUUAUAAAAUUUACUUUUAGUUGCUCUUCUAGAAACCAUUAGGUAAUAAAUGUGUAUAUACUGUAUAAUUUGCUAUAUACCCAGGAAUCAAUUUAAGUUGCAGUUUUGUGUGUGAUGCUUGCGUUAUCAUUCUGCUUGCAUUUUUAAUAGUUUUAAUUUGGGCAACAUACAGGAACAAGUGCUCCACAGUGUAAUAUGAAUAGGAGAAGUAAGGAAGCAGUAAAACGAAAAUUUAACACAAGCUUGUGUCUCUCUUCCUCUCAUAUGUCCAAAAGCUACUAAAUCUCUUUAUUCACUAACAGGAAAUGUCUAUAAGAUUAAAUCCCCUUUGGCUUUUUGAAAACACUUUGUGAUAUCUGUGACAAUGCAGUUCUUCUAGCCAUUAAUCUUGCACCCCUGUAAGAAAUUUCACCUUUCUGAGUCCCAGAAAAUAUCUUGUCAAGCUAAGUUGACACCGAAGGGCACAUUUUCAGCAGGAUGUAGAAGGAUUUAACUGUGCAGGCUUCUGUUAAUGUUGUUAAAUCCAGGCACAUAGCACUAAGCGUUACCCCUAAGUGUUAAUCCUUUGUAACCAUUUCCCUUGUGGUUCAGCCCUAGAAAUUUUGAUAGUAAGGCAGCAAUGGAAUAAUGAAAUACACACACGCACGCACACACACACACACACACACACACACGUAUAUAUAUAUAUAUAAUAUAUCCUUGUUUCAAAACUUAACAAGUUUUAUUAAUUGAUGGCUGUUUAUUCAUUUGGUAAUUUCUUCUUAUAUUCAGUUUCAUCAAAUUGAACUUAUUUUGAUAAACCAGUUCAAAGUAUUAUUUAGUUGACCUUAUUAAGGAAUAUAAGGUAUGUUCUAUGUACACUCUAUGGACUGUACUUGGCGAAGACAGACUUUUGUGUUAUAAAUUAUAUGGUUCAUUAGAAUUUGAACAAAACUGAGCUUCUUGGUGAAAUAACAAAAUUUUUAUAGUAUUAAAUUUUAUAGAAACCAUAGAAUGAUGUGAUUAUUCAAGGAGCACUGCAUUUGAACAAAAUAUAGCCUAUUUAUGAUUAUCAAGGGCUAUUGAGUAUAUUGGAGUAGUCUGGAUUAAUGAAAUCCAUAGAAAAUACACCUGCAUGAUGAUAUUAAUGGUAUUCUGUCUCUUCCAAGCACGUGCUUUAGUUGAAUGUUAGCACACACAAGAAUAAACCUUUAAGGAAUAACUUCUUUCUACCUUGCCCACUUUUUACUUAAGCAAUAGGGUAACUCUUUGCUAAAGAACAUGGCAAAAAAAAAAAAAAAAAGGAAAAAACAAAGGUCUAAACAAUUCUCAGAUGGUGUAUUUAGUUCAGCCCAAUUACAGCUAUAAUUUAUUAGAUCUACACUGUACCAUGGGUCCUAACAAAAUACACUUCAAGUAUAUGUUAAUAGAUUAGUGAAAUUUGCAGAGGAAGUAGAGAAGGUGGAUUUAGCAUUGUCUUGAUAAAAUCACAAGUGGGCAUCACCAUCACAAAAAGAUGCCUUUGUUCAUUUCAGGAAAAGAAAUGAACUAAUUCUUUUUAUACAAAACAAUUGGAGAUAUAUUGCACUUUAUUGAAUUUUGUAAAAAAAAA